AUUUCAGAAGAGCGAGGGCAGAGUCCACAAUCAUAUACACACACACACACACACACACACACACACACACACACACACACUAUGCAUGUGUAUGAGGAGAGGGGGGGGGCUGCUCGAGAAAAGAAUACCAAGCUAGCAUUUGCAAAGCGGCUGCUUAGUUAAAGAGUGCAAGCUCUCACUGUCUGUUCUUCUGCUGUCAGAUUGUCUUUCCUCUGUUGUUGCCUUGCUCUCUCGCUCUUUCUCUCUCUCUUGCGUCGUCUCCUCCUCACGUUUGGAUUCAGUGGAGGAAUAAAGCAAGAGAACCCAGGGAAGAAGGCAGGCAGGAAGAAGCAGCUCUCUCCCACUGAUCCUCCUCUCCAGAGCCCCAGCAGAACACUGAGGAGCCAAUGGUCAUGGUGAAGGAGAAAGUGGCUCAUCCUCAGGAACCCCACCAUCCACAAGGAAAACUGGUCAUCCAGUGUUACAAGUGUGGGGAGCCAUGCAAGGGAGAGGUUCUCCGGGUGCAAUCCAAGCACUUCCAUAUAAAAUGUUUCACAUGCAAAGUGUGCGGUUGUGACCUGGCCCAAGGUGGGUUCUUCAUGAAGAACGGGGAGUACUUGUGCACAUUGGACUACCAAAGGCUUCAUGGCACUCGGUGUAAUGGCUGUGGAAACUUUGUGGAGGGGGAGGUGGUCACUGCUCUAGGGAAGACCUACCACCCCUCAUGCUUCGUUUGCACCAUCUGCAAACGGCCGUUUCCUGCUGGUGAUCGAGUCACUUUUAAUGGAAAAGACUGUCUCUGCCAACACUGCAUCCAGCCAACUUCCCCAACCCCUAAAGACAUAAGCUCCUCUAGCAACUGUGCAGGUUGUGGCAGGGAUAUAAAGAACGGUCAGGCUCUUCUGGCCUUGGACAGUCAGUGGCAUCUCGGCUGCUUCAAGUGUAAAUCCUGUGGCAAAGUGCUGAGUGGGGAGUACAUCAGCAAGGAUGGUGCUCCUUACUGUGAGAAAGACUACCAGAUCCAUUUUGGCGUCCAGUGUGAGGCCUGCCAUCAGUUUAUCACGGGGAAAGUUUUGGAGGCAGGAGAUAAGCACUACCAUCCCAGCUGUGCAAGAUGCAGCAGGUGCAAUCAAAUGUUCACAGAGGGAGAAGAAAUGUAUUUGCAGGGUUCUACAGUGUGGCAUCCAGACUGUAAGAACAGCAGUAGAGUGGAAGAGAAGUACAGAGCAGCUUGGCAGCAUCCUAAAGGAAAACCCAGUCCGUUUGAUAUCUUUUACCCUCAGUCACAGACACAGAGCCGGGGCCCAGGUGGCUCUCGGCUGGGCUCGCGUCCCCUGGGCAGUCGUGAGCCCCUCCUACCCACAGUUACAGCUCUGCACCAAUCAGAAAGGCAGCCCACGAGGUCAUCGUCCGAGAGUAUCUGUUCGAGACCUGGCUCGAGCAUCGCUGGGUCUCCAGGUCACACAAUCUAUGCAAAAGUAGACAAUGAGAUUAUUGAUUACAAGGAUCUAGCAGCCAUCCCCAGAGUCAAGGCUAUUUAUGACAUAGAGCGUCCAGACAUGAUUUCCUAUGAGUCUCUCCAUUCCACCUCCUCUACCCUGGACAAACAAGGAAGGCACAGCCCAGGAGAGCCUGUUAGAGCCUCAGGUGGGAGUCCCUCCAGAGGCAGAGCCACAACCCUGCCACAAGACCCUUCCUCAAUGUCAACAGAAAUAUCUCCAAGGACGCUGUCUCCCACCCCUUCUGCUGAGGGUUGUUGUGAAAUGAGGGAACGCAUCAUACAGAGAUCAACCAGUCAGGGCUCUAUUGGCUCUCCGGUCUAUCACCGCCAUAACUACAUACCUCCUCUAUCCAAGUCACCCCAGCAUUUCCACAGACCAGGAAUGCUGAAGCUCUGCUCUUCUUUGCGCUCCAGCAACAGCGAUACACGCCCUACCUCCCCCUUCAGACAUCACUUCCUCCCCAAUAACAGAGAUUCUUUCUACAUAGGCACUGAGCCGUCCAGUGGCCGGAGUUCUCCCCUUUCCUCUCGGCCGGACACCCCGACCCUCUCUCUGACCCCUAAACAUUUCCACAUCCCAGACCAAGGCAUUAACAUGUAUAGAAAACCACCAAUCUACAAACAGCAUGCUGCCUUGGCAGCCCAAAGCAAGUCUGCUGAUGGCAUCAUCAAAUCUUCCAAGUUCCCUGCUGCCCACGCCCCUCGCCCGGAUGAAACCCCAAAGAUUGAGACAGACUACUGGCCUUGUCCUCCGUCCCUCGCUGCUUUAGGCUCAGAUGGAAGGAGUCGUUCACGGGACGAGGAAGAGGAGGAGCAAAUGAAACGCAGACAUCUUCAGGAAGAACAUCUCAGCAAGAUCCAGUCAGGUCUUGGGAAGCUUAUUCUGAAAGAGGAGAUGGAGAAGGACAUGAACAGAGAGAGAUACACACGCAGUGUUGCCGCCCAGCGCUUUGACUCCCAAUAUGCUAACUGUACCAUAGACUCCCAAACGUCCAAAACCUCUUCUCUGCCGGGAUACGGACGAAAUGGCCUGCAUCGGCCCCAGUCAACAGAACUCUCUCAGUAUAACAGUUAUGGGGAUGUAUGUGGAGGCCAGAGAGAUUUCAAGGUAUGUGACUGACACGCAUUAGACACUGAGCAUGUGCAUCAGCAAUCAUGCACAUAUGGAAGUGAAACCAUGCUACAUUACAUGUAAUUGGAAUGGCACUCAUGCCCUCAUUGCUAUGCUUGUGUCUGAGUUUGAGCUACUGUAUGUGGAAAGACAAGAGCACAGUCAAGGGUUUUCAAAAUGCUCCCCCACCCUUCAGUACUGAGGCUACAGAACACAGCACAUGAAUAGCUGCGUUUCCAACCUGGCUAGAUCCACCUCCCUCGAGAGUACUUGAUACAGCACAAUGUUAGGAAUUAGAUCCAGACUGUUUCCCAAGGUUCUGAAUUCUUCAAAAAAGUUUUUGUUUUCUUUUAUCAUUUGCAUCACGUGUAUGUGUUCUGUUCUAUAGCCCACCCAAGAUGCCCAAGAUUCCAUUACAAGAA